AUGAAUACCCAUACGCCACUACUGAAUGGUGGUGAAAAGGGAUCUAAAAUCUUGAGCGUUAAUUUUAACCAGGAUCAAGGUUGUUUUGCCGUUGGUCAUGAAAAUGGAUUUUUGGUUUAUAAUACUAAUCCAAUUGAUUUGAGAGUUAAGAGAAAUUUUAGUAACUCUAAUCGUCAUCAUCUGCAUUCAACAUCGUCAUCAUCUGCAGCAACCAGCUCUUCGUCGGUCUCGUCCAAUGGACAGGGAUCAGGAAUUGGUCAUGUAACUAUGCUUCAUCGAACUAAUUAUUUGGCUCUUGUGGGAGGUGGGAAAAAUCCUAAAUUUGCUAACAAUAAAGUGAUUAUAUGGGAUGAUUUGAAAAGGAAAAAUAGUUUAAAUCUAGAAUUUAUGAGUCCAGUUUUAAAUGUUUUUUUAUCAAGAAUUCGUAUAAUUGUGGUUUUGAAAAAUCAAGUUUUAGUUUAUGGAUUUCUGGCUCCUCCCAAAAAAUUCGCCACUUAUGAAACUAUUGAUAAUGAGUAUGGUUUGGCUGAUUUAUCGUCCAAUACUUCACUUAAUUCGAAAGAACCAAUUCAUAAAGAUCAUACUAAAUAUCAAACGCUCGCAUUCCCAGGUAGAUCAAUUGGCCAAAUUCAAUUAGUUGACGUUUCUCCUGCUGGUCAAGAAAAAAACUUGGUUAGUAUAAUAAAAGCUCAUAAAUCAAAAAUUAGAUGCCUUGCUCUAAAUAGAUCAGGUACUUUGAUUGCUUCUGCUUCGGAAACCGGUACGAUAAUCAGAAUCCACUCCACCUAUAACACGGCUUUACUCUAUGAAUUUAGAAGAGGGUUAGAUAGAGCAGUGAUCACUUCAAUGAAAUUUAGUCAUAACGAUACUAAAUUGGCUGUCUUGUCCGAUAAAAAUACUUUACAUGUAUAUAAUGUUAGUCCGAUUAAUGACUCUUCAAAUAAAGAUAGUGAUUCAAUUAUAAAUAAUAGUCAUUCAAACGAUAAAAAAACCCCAACCAAUCGUCAUCAUUUAUUGAACAAACUUUCAAUUCCAAUCCCCAUUCCUAAUUACUUCAUGUCCACUUGGUCAUUUUGCUCAGUAAAUACAAGUAAAUACCACACCAACAAAAUUGACGAUGGGAACAAUAACGAGCAUCUUAAUGAUGUGGGCACCAUUGGUUGGGCUGGUAACGACAGUAUAAUUAUUAUUUGGAAAAAUAAAAGAAUAUGGGAAAAAUACGUCAUUGUUGACAAACAAUCUUCGAACAACACCCAUCAUGAAGCUUCCAACAGCAACGGGAAUUGGGAAAUCAUACGGUAUAGCUGGAAAAGUCUCGAUAGUUUAAAUGAGUAAAUGAGUAAACCUUUUUUUUUUUUUUUUUUUUUACCAAACUUUUUUU